AUGUCUCCCGCUAUCAUGCACUCGGAUGCCUUCGAUGUCAUCCCCUUCGAGGACAUCAAAGGCGACUGGAAGAAGCUGGGCUCGGGGUCAUUCGGUAAUGUAUACAAAGGUGUAUACCUUGGCAUCGAUGUCGCCAUCAAGGAAGUGCUACCAUCAAAUGACUACGACGUCGCGAAGUAUUUUGAACGUGAAUGGAGACUGAUGAAAGAAGCCAGACACCCGAAUGUUGUAUUAUACCUCGGCCUGUCUCAAGCCCCAGAUGGACGAAUCUUCAUCAUCUCCGAAUUCAUAGAGAACGGGAAUCUUCGCAUAUACAUCCACGAUAAGGCCAAACCCUUCCCUUGGCGGUUACGUCUAUCAUUCGCAACGGACAUCGCCCGCGCACUGGUUUACCUUCACGCCCGAAAAUGCAUCCAUCGAGACCUGAAGGGCGAGAAUUUGCUUGUGACGGCCAAUGGGCGGUUGAAGAUCACCGAUUUUGGAUUCGCGAGAAUUGCAGCUCGCAACGCAGAAGAGUCCAAACGACUUACAUUUUGCGGAACGGACUCAUACAUGUCGCCGGAAAUCCUGACAGGCACCGAGUUUGACCUGCCCACUGAUAUCUUCUCUCUUGGGGUUAUCUUUUGUGAGAUUGCGGCACGCAAGCUCGCGGAUGAUCAUACCUUUCGGCGAGCGCCACCGCUUUUCGAGGUCGAUCACGAUGAGGUUCGGCGGCUAGCAAGCCCAGGAUGUCCGGCCGCUUUCAUCACUCUUGCCCUCGAUUGCCUGUCGCAGGAUCCUCUGUCGAGACCAAACACACGGGUCAUCUUGGAGCGUCUGCGAGAGAUUGAGACCGAGGUACUUUCUCGGCCAUCUGAUGCGGAGGACAUGCACUUGGGUACAAUCAAGUUCAUGACGGGCGGGGCUCGGAGGCCAGGGGCAGCACCACGGAUUCCAAGCUUUGGUAUGGGAGUUGCACGGGAUAUUCGGGAUGGAACUGGUGGCCCGAGUGAGCCUCCUACCAUGGCAGAUGUGCACUCAAGCGACGAGGCAGAAGACAGUGAUGAUGAACUCGCCAUAGAGCGACUCAGCCACGUCGACCUCAAUAGUGCGUGGAGCGAUGCGUCUUCUGGCAAGUCCCGAUUUCCCGCGCAUAUAAUGCUAGCUCAUCUCUUUGAUUCAGGUCAAACAGGAGACAGCGCACAACCUCUGCUAGACAGCACGUCCAGCGCGCAUUCAGAAUAUAGCACGACGGUUGUGCGCUCACAUGCUCUCAGCAGCGAGUACUCUGCGCCAUCUCUCUCCUCUAUUCUCACCGUCCGCCCAUCACCUACUGCUGACCCCCCACCGACUGGUGCACAGGGUCCUACGCCGACUGAAUCUUUGUUGUCCAUCGAAUCUUAUUACACUGCAUCGAAUUCAUCUAUCGCAGCGUCUAUCGCCGCUGCAACGGAAGGUGGCUCAACGAUCCGCAACUCGUCAUUGCCGCUCGUCCAUCGGUUCUCUUUACUCAAACCUGGUGCCAAGCGCACGACAGCGGCGGAAAGCAGGAGUAGGAGUGCGUCCCCGCCGGCGAUGGACGCAAUAUGGAAUCGCAAUCCUUUGGAGUUCAUUUUCUCAAGCACAUUGUUGGCGGCGAAAUGCGAUGUUUGUGGCAAGCGCCUGGGUUGGAAACCCGUGUUGGAAUGCGACGACUGUGGUUUGAGAGCUCACGUCAAAUGUGGCGAGGUCGCACCGAUGGAUUGCGGACUUCGCCCCGCGCGUCCUGGACCGCAUUCAAAUCACUCUCCUGCAUCGUCCAACCCCCCCUCUCCCGCCGCCAAGGCGAAGCAGAACGGCAAGACCUCGUCUCCCAAGUGA